CGUCGCCCGAUCAGCCUCGCCGAACCUCCCCUGCCUUCUCUGCAGGUGCUUGUUCGAUGGACAAUAGUAACCUAUUAUUCUAACGGUUCCGGGCUCCGUCCAAAGUUCCGCGUCAGCUCCGGCCUACUCAUCGUCGUCCGGUCCCGUCCUCCGCUCCCCACAUGUCUCGCGCUCCGGUUAUAUCAUACUCGGAGCAACGUUUCCAUCUACUAUCUUCGGAUUCGUAUUUUGAGAAGUCGCAUUCGUAAGCCGUUUGUCAUAGACGCGUCGCAUCCCCUUCACCGACAACAUGGCGACAGCGAUCACCAAACCCACCUCCCAUCCACCCAAGAUGAAGCGGCCGCCCCCGCCUUUUAUUCAAGCCGGGGUCAAUGGGGUAAAACCUCAGCAGUCCUCCUCUUCCCCACAACCGUCCUCAAAGCGCCUUCCGGGCUCCAACCAGCCAGCAACCACGGGCUCUAUAAGCGGUGCAGCUACAAAUGGUGUCAAUGGCACCUCAGAUUCGAAUGGCGUGAAGGGCUCCAUUAACCGGCCCAAAAAAGAUGCGCAAAGGCCAGGCGACCAAGGAAUGCGGUUAGCAAAGCCAUUGGCUAGGACUCCAUCCACGGACAAUGAGCGCCGGCUGGGCAAGAAAUGUCCUGAGCCCUACGUCAAGACAUCGUCACAUAUUCUAAAGAAAUACGCCAAAUGCCCUCCAUCUCUCAUUUUACAUCUUCACCCUACCCAUUUCCGCUUUGAGCAACAAGAUGGGAGCUUUCCAUAUAAUUCUGAAAUGAAGGUCAUCAUCGAGCAUAUCCGUGCCGGGACUGUUCCCCACGAUAUGAUGGAAGAGCUGUUACGGGCCAACGUUCGGUUUUAUGAAGGUUGUCUCAUUGUGCGGGUGGUCGACCACAAGUCUGUGUCAGCCCAAGCGAGAAAGUCGACUGCCCCAUCGACGAAUGAUAGUAAUACCCCGUUCUCUAUUCACAACUACAACGAACACGUUACUCCCUCAGCCUAUGUACCCUACCCAAAACAAAACCAGUUGACUUCAGAAAAGCCAACUCCAAAGGAAACUGGGGGAGCCCAGUCAGACGCUAAGACCAACGAAGGGCUACCGAGCGAUUCGCUCGAUGAAACAGAAAAGAGCGAAUCAAGCUCUUCUCAACACAAACAGCCUCCUCCCAACCCUCGCAUGUUUACGACUGUUCUUCAUCCGACUUCUCGCUCAUUACAAGCAGAGCUAACUCUGCUUGCUACUACGCCCGAUCCAAAGGCUACAAAACAAGGGGCUACGAGUUCUGCAUCCCGUACUCAAGCGCCUUCGUCUACUACGCCUCCUUCUCCUGGGGGCUCGUCUAGCCAACCCGAACGCGGGCAUGUUGCAAAAAGGCAGAAGAUGCUCGUCGAGCCGCAGGAUCUUCAAGAGUGCGAAUCUAAAUUGACGAGAGCGCUAGCACCGCCUCUCUUCUUGGACCCCGUAGAGAGUUUGGAAGCUGUUGAAGAUCUACUGAAAUACAUGGAGAGCCCUCUCAAUAACGACCCGCCUCCAUCACCCAAAAGAAGAAAGCGAACAGUGGCAGAGCUUGCUGCUGACGAAGCACUGGCGGCUGAAGAAGAGCGAUUUAUGCUUAUCAUGGAUGAACGACUGGAGCCAGCUACUUCAGGGGGCGCGGGUGGCCCGAAAUCUGCGGUUGUUGACGAUACAAGCGGCGGUGCACCUUUCGAACCUCGCUUCUCUCGGUUUAAAACCCUCGAAAACAUUCGAAUGCAGCAUGAGGAGAAAGCGAAACGGGAGCACGAAAUCAAGUUGAAACAAGAAAUAGCUAAAAGGCAGCAGCAAGAACAGGAAAGAGAAAGGCGUCGUGCUAUGGAGCAACGCCAGGCUGAAGAGCAAGCUAAAGAAGACUCUCGAAGACAGCACCUCGCCGCUCAACAGCAAGUGCAGGCGCAGCUUGCUGCGCAGCAACAGGGUCGACACGUCAUGCCUCAGGCAAACGGAGUCAGCCAAGCUCCCCAAUCUUCUCCAGUUGUUCGCAACCAGACACCGCACAACACCUCAUCACCGUUACCUGGCAAUGCCAUGGGGACGCAGGGAGGCGUGCCAAUGAGCAUGACAUCCUCUAUGCAGGGCGCUGGCAGCCCUCCGCGACCCCCUUCCGCGUUGCAGCAUGCCCACCCUAAUGUUAUGGGCCACCCAAUGGCGCCUUCGAGGAGCCAGCAAGGGCAGAGUCGACAUGGAACUCCGCAGAUGACUCAAGGAACGCCCGCUAUGUCACAUGCGACACCAAUAAUGCGCAACGUUACGCCACAGCGAAUGAGCCACGCCAGUCCGGGUCGCUCCACAGUGGCCGCAACACCGGUGAUGAACCAAGCUAUGAUGGGAACCCCGCAGAUGGCAGGUGGUAUGGGCCUUACACCCCAACAGCAGCAGAUGUUGUUGCAGCAGAGACAACAGAUGCUUGCACAGCAAGGGCAUCUUGGACAUGGCCAACUCACACCACAGCAAUUUGCCCAAUAUCAGGCCAAUGCGCAUGCACAGCAAAAUAUCCAGUCACAUCAGCAGCAGAUGUUGCAGGCUCAGCAGCAGAGCCACCAACAACAGCAACAGAACGUUCCGAACCCUCAAGUUUACCAACAACAACUUAUGCGGGCGCAGUUCGCGCAGAUGCAAAUGGCGCAACAGCAACAGCAGCAACAUUCGCAGGGACAGCAGCCACAAGGUCAACAAAACCAAGUGCAUCAGGGUGGCUCUCAGAUGAACCCUCAACAGCAGCAGAUGCUGAUGGCAGCCGCGCAGGCCAACGGUGGAAAGCUUCCGCAGAACCUCCAAGGAGUCAACAUGGCGCAAGGAGCUAUGGCGCAACGAUACAACCAGCUCUAUCAACAACGCCUAUUACGGUUACGACAAGAGAUGGCCAGUCGCCUGAUGUCGCAGUACGGCCCACCUAAUCAGUACCCACCGCAAAUUGCGCAACAGUAUCAUGCCGGGCUUGAAAGAAAUGCUAAAGCUUGGGUUCACGAAAUUAUUCGACGAGAACGUGAUGCUGCUCAGCAACAACGCGCUAAUCAGGUUGCGGCCGUACAGGCUCAAGUGAUGCAGCAACAGCAGCAACAAAACAUGAUGCAGAAUGGGAUGGGCAACUAAUCGCUCUGAAAUGUUAUCGAUUACGAAACAGCAAAUCUUCUCUUCACUUCUUUGGCAACCUUUUUAACUCUAUAUCUGUUUUUUCCUCUCUUUGCCUUCGGCCCACCAGAUGUGGAUAGUGAGUGACAUUCUUCUAUCUCUUGCUUCAUGGGCCCGUGAUUAUUAUUCGCCUCAUUUGGAGAUUGUACAGGGGGCCGGGAUUUUGCGAUAAAACAGGCUGGCGUUUCUUGACCUUGGUUCGAUUACUAUAUUCAAUUUCUUGUUUUCUCUCCUCAUUUUUGCUGUUCUUGUGCUUGGCGAUUGUAACAUUGGGAAAGGGAUUGAUUGAUCGGGGAGCAAGGAACAGACUUGAUACCAUUUUGUACAGGUGUCCCCUUUGAAAUGCGCUUAUGCUUUUUGGAUGUUGCUCUUUCAUCUUGGAGAAUCAGCUUACAGGGCUAUGCUCGUGUAGACAUGAAAUAUAGCUAUAUCAGACUAUGAAAUUUAUACUCGCC